GCCUCUCAGUUGCGUUUGAGCUGCGAGCGUGGUUCGUCGCUUGUCGUGAUCUCCGCUCUCUGCGCAUCCGAGAAUCCGCUCCAGGUCCGAACCCGCGACGGCGUCUUUGUGUUCCGAGUGUGUGACCGCGGUGCCUUGUUUGUGUUAAUCCGAUAUUUAUAUAUACAGGCGAAAUAGUGCAGAAGUGGCAAUAAAUUCGGCCAAUUAAUCGGAGCUCGGUUUUAGAAGCGUGAGACCCGCAAGCAGAAGGCAGUGGAAAAAUGAGUGUGCAGCAUAAGUGAUCGUUGGAAGUGGAAGCUAAAGGGUCAAACCGGUUUUCGGACAACAUGGAGUUGCCACCAGCAGCAGCAGCAACAACAACAAAUGCGUCGGCAUCCUUGCAACGUGUCGCCUCGGAAUCCAGUCUUGGUCGGGAGCGGGAUCGGGAGCAAGCAGCUGCUCCGCCUGGCCAACUGAUGGGCCAUCACUAUCAUUACAUCCAAUAUCCGGCGCAUUUCCAGCCGCAACAACUUCAGGAGCAGCCACCCCAGCCCCAACUGCCCUGCCAGUGUCCCUGUUCCUGCGGGCGGGCACCUCCACCGCCCAUGCAGCCCACUAAUCCCGGCCCGAAUGCUUCGAUGGCCGUGGCCGUGCUGGUCCACCAACAGACGCCCAGUCAGCAGGAGCCGGCGAGGAGUUCGCCGCUCAAAGCACAGUCCGCUCAGUCCCUGCUAAAUCACUCUUACCAGGCGCUGCACGAGGACCAGCAUCAGCAGCAGGAGCAGCUCCAGCUGGACUCCUCAGCCGGAGCCGGCAGCUGUGACUGCGAUCUGGAGUGCACCUGUCCGGCCACUGGAGGAAAUUCCUCCCUGGCCCAGCACAAGAGGAGCCUGCUGGCGGACGCCAUGCUGGGAGCAGACGAGAUCACGGUCAGCGAGUCCGACAACAACAGCACCAUGAUCAAAAAGAAGAAACCACGAUCCGGCGGAGGAGCAGGACAACUUCCGCCGAAGACACAGCCCACGAGCGACAGCUGCAACGACAUCUACCAUGACACGGAGCUGGACGGAGCAGUUGGAACUGGGACAGUUGGAUCUCCUGGCUCGGGGAUCAAGUCACAGAUUCUGGACGAUAAUCAUCGCCCUCCUCUGCCGCCACGACCACCGCCCAGACCCAGGAGUAAUGCCAAUGGCUCCAUAGCCCAUCGCCAUGGCGCGGGGAUCAAGAAGUACGUGGUCUGGUGCCUCAUCUGCGGUGGAUUCAGCUGCCUGCUGGGCGUGCUCUUCUUGGGCGUCUACUUCCUGCUCCACUCCUACACCAUCACGGUGGGCAACUUCGAAACGGUGCCCACAUUUGUGCCCGCCACCCUUCUCAUCCUCACCGGAAUCUGCAUCAUGAGCCUGGCCAGGCGUCGGAAUCGCUAUAGCUACCUGAUAAAACUGUCCGGAGCCUGUGGCCUGGUGUCCGCCUUAACCUGCGCUCUGGUCACAGUGACCACCACUGUGCUACACAUGAGUCGCCUGCAGGCGUUGAGGGAAUGCGAGUAUGCCCAAAAGACGCGGACGUGCACCUGCUACUCGGACCUCAUCGAAUCCCAGGUGGACCGAGUGGAUAAGGAAGGAGUGCGCCUUGUGUUCGACUCCCUCUCGGACUGCGGCGUUGUCCAUGGAUCCCUGUACUCCUGCCUGAGAGCUAUCUUCGGCCUGUCCGUGGCCGGAGUGCUCAUCGCUGUCUUCAGCUGCAUGUUGGUGUACCAGCUCCUCAGUCACGAACGCAAGAAAAUGUACUGGGAGCAGCUGGAGCUGCGCUGCAGAUCCCUGUACGCCAGUCAGGCUCCUCCCCCUACCUUGGGUCCAGGCAGGAUGUUGAAUUGCAGGUGCUGCGAGCAAUGCCACGCCCACAGACAGCUUACACUGCCUCUGCAGGCCACCUAUCCGUGGGACGAGGCCACGGUGGCCGCUGCAGCAGCAGCCGCAGGAGGAGGAGGCGGAGAGCAGCGGUUCUGGGCUGCCCAGCCGCCGGGUAACUUCUACUCGCCAAAUCCAGGCGGCGAAGAUGCGGUGGGCACCUGCAGGAGCGGAGAACGGGCAGGAGGAGCAGGACGCAGCAGCAGCGGAUGGAGCUGGCCUCGAAUGCCCUGGCAACGUACCACUCCUGACGCCGGUCGUCGAUUUCGUCAAGCCGCUGCCAGUCCGGAUUCACAGUACGGAUUUAGUUCGUCCACGGCGGUCCAGGGAGAUGGUAACCAGAUGCUGAUCGAGGAGCCCGUGGUGGCGGCCUACAGUGGAAUGCCCCCGCCAAAUGCCCUGCCCUACGGAGUUUGGGGACCGCCGCCGCCCUACAGCGAUCCCAACAGUCCGGCCAGACGUGGCUACUACCAAUAUCUUCAGCCCACUGCGUGUCUGGUGGGGAAUCAGGGCACGGUCGCCGUCACUCUGACCCAGGAGCAGAUGCAUCCGACCCUGCAACACACGCAUCCCCAGCAGCAGCAGCAAUUGCAGCAGAUGCAGCUGCAGCGGCUUCAGGUGCAGUCCGCCACCUUGGAGCGGAUGGAUGGACUCAGCAGCGCCGGUAACGUAAAUACCCUAGUGGCCGCCACUCGCUCCUCCGCCUACAAAUCAAAGGCCGAGUACGAGAACACGCCGUCUGACAGUGAUGGCGGAAAUCCUCGGGAGAGGGAACGCUGCUCCAACACGCUGCCCACGCGGAAGCUGAAGAAACGUUUGGAGGCGGGCACCGGGGCCAAGAGCAUCGGUCCGCAGAGUAAUCCUGUUCAGCAGCGACCCAAUGUCCAGCAGUUGUUCGCCAAACAGGAGCAACAGCAGCCGACCAGCCAGGCUAAUCCCCAGCAGGCCCAGCCCCAGACGGCCGGGGUGGAGAACAGUGGCUACCAGGACUCGAACGGAGCCAUAGCCAAGGACCAGGCGGUGGGUACGGAUCCGACCGAGUCCGAGGUGUACUUCGCCGACGUGAGUAGUUGCUGCAACAUGUCUGUAAAGAACGACAGCUACUAUGACAACGCCCAGCGCCACCAGGGGCACCACCAUCAUCACCAGCACCAGCACAGUAAUUGCAGCCACAGUAGCGGGCAGAGCAACGCCAACGAGGACUACCUGGCCCAGCGUUUCGGUCGCGGCAGAGAGCACUCCGUUCGGAGUCGUCUGCCCAUUCCGCAAGCGAGGCGGGAGGACGACUACGAGAGCUCCAACCUGAACAUGCCCACGCUGAAGGAGCAGCAGCAGCAGGCGCAACAGCUGCAGAAGGAGAUCUCCCGCCAAAGCAUGUGCUCCGUGGAGUCGGAGGCCAAGACCGAAUUCACCGACCUCUCGCCCUCCACGCCCUGCGGUGGCAAUCUGCCGUUGCCGCCGCCAGCGAACUUCGCCAGCGAUCCACCGACGGGUCAGCAGUCGCCCAGCUUCGUGGCCUCGUUCCCCUACUCCUCGGAGUCGCAGUGCCUGGAGGCGCAUCGCCGCUCCACAAAGAACAUCCACGAGCUGCUGAUCGCCGGGGUGGGGGGAUCCUCGUCCGGCGGCGGCGACUCACACUACGAAGUGAUCAACGACCGGGGCAAUCCCUACCAGCUGCAGCGAUCGCAGCAGGCCAAGCACAAGGCCAAGUCCAAGACGCGGUCGCGGGAGCAGUUGGAGAUCUACGGCAGCGGAGCUGAGCGAUCCGACUGGUCUUCGGAUGGGGGUCGCUUGUGAGGCCCCGACGACCAGGAGGUAUUCGUCUAGCAGUGGUUUCACCCCCCUCAUAUUCUCUAAGGAUAUUCUCUGUGGAUCUGCUCGGGGAGCAGUGGUGGGACUCUUUAGAUCCGACUUCUUCUAUAUCAUAUGAACAAGCAUCAUUUGUACAUCCAGGACAGGGCUGGACACCUCCCAUCACUGCCUGUAGAACCACCUUUGGUUUAGAAUCGUCGCACUUGUAAUGUUUGCCAUCCAAGAACGGAACUUUAUUCUAGUAUAUGUAUGUCCUAUCUCCCAACUAUCGAAGGUCCUCGGGGCUGCACACCUUGCUUUAACUACUUUACGCGUAUCCUUUGCAUAGUUUACCUAGUACAUAUAUUACUUAUCACAUAUGGUAGCAUUGAAUUGAAUGUUGACAACUUGUAGCAAUGAUAAUCUAUGGAUAUUAUAUACAAAUUAUGUUACAUUUACCUGCGUAUUUACAUAGUUGCGUAUACACACACCCAUAUACACAUACAAAUAUAUGACUAGUUAGUUAAAUGUUAGAGCGCCAGUUAAAUUUAUUAAAGAGUACACCAAGUAUAACCAAAACAUUUUAA